CCCCGGGUGCGCGCGCGGCGCGGCGCCCUCCUCCCAUUGAGCGAGGUGGGUCGCGUGGCCCGGCGUCGGCGUGACGGUUGGACGCGGGCGCGGCCCUGCGGGUCCCGAUUGCUGCAGCCGCUUGUCAGUGUGACGAAGAUUGGCACCAGAUGCCGCGGGCCCCGGACUCCAGAUGAUGUGAGCGCGGCAUCUCCGCCACCAUGAUGGCCACGCAGACCCUGAGCCUCGACGGCUACCAGGACGGGCAGCAGGUGCAGGUGAUGGAGCUGAAGACGGAGCCGGACCCCGGCUGCUCCAAGCCCGACGUGGAGGGGCUGAGCCCGCCGCCCGGGGGCGCCCACACGCCGAUGGACGCCGACAAGCAGGCCAUCUACAGGCACCCGCUGUUCCCCCUGCUGGCGCUGCUGUUUGAGAAGUGUGAGCAGUCCACACAGGGCUCCGAGGGCACCACGUCGGCCAGCUUCGACCUGGACAUCGAGAACUUCGUGCGCAAACAGGAGAAGGAGGGAAAGCCCUUCUUCUGUGAGGACCCCGAGACAGACAACUUGAUGGUGAAGGCCAUCCAGGUCCUGCGGAUCCACCUGCUGGAGCUGGAGAAGGUCAGCGAGCUGUGCAAGGACUUCUGCAGCCGCUACAUUGCCUGCCUCAAGACCAAGAUGAACAGCGAGACGUUGCUGAGCGGGGAGCCGGGCGGCCCCUACUCGCCAGUGCAGGCGCAGCAGAUGCCCAGCGCCAUCACGGGCACCCUCAGCCCGCAGGGGAUCGUGGUGCCGGCCUCUGCGCUGCAGCAAGGCAACGUCACCAUGGCCGCCGUGGCAGGCGGCGCCGUCUACCAGCCUGUCACCGUGGUCACGCCCCAGGGCCAGGUGGUGACACAGACCCUGUCACCCAGCGCCAUCCGGAUCCAGAACUCCCAGCUGCAGCUGCAGCUGAGCCAGGACCUGAGCCUGCUGCCGCAGGACGACGGCUCGGCCAAGAGCAAGCGGGGGGUGCUGCCCAAGCAGGCCACCAACGUCAUGCGCUCCUGGCUCUUCCAGCACAUCGGGCACCCCUACCCCACGGAGGACGAGAAGAAGCAGAUCGCGGCGCAGACCAACCUGACUCUGCUCCAGGUCAACAACUGGUUCAUCAACGCCCGUAGACGCAUCCUGCAGCCCAUGCUGGACUCCAGCUGUGCCGAGCCGCCCAAGGCCAAGAAGAAGACGGCCCAGACCCGGCCCGUGCAGCGGUUCUGGCCCGACUCCAUCGCGGCCGGCGCCUCGCAGCCCUCAGCCGGAGAGCUGGCCAUGUCGGAAGGAGCCGUGGUGGCCAUCACCGCGCCCGUGAGCAUGAGCGUGGACGGCCUGCAGCCGCUGUCCUCGGACGGGGCCACCCUGGCCGUGCAGCAGGUGAUGAUGGCGGAGCAGAGUGACGACGAGUCGGUGGGCAGCUCCGGGGACGGGGCGCUGGCCCCCGCGCACCUCGGGGGGCUGGUGCUGGAGCACGGCGGCGAGGCCCUGCAGUAGGACCCCCGCCUCCGCUGGACCUGGUGGGAGCGUGACCCUCCCUCCCCGACGCCGGCACCCGCCUCCAACGCAGAGAGGAACUCCUAUUUUUACCUUGCUGGAAUUAUUGGAUAAAAAGCUAUUUUUGUAAAUCAGUUACAAAUUGGAUUCUGACUGCCAAGGACAGCGCUGGGCAGAGGAGCCCGGAGCUCAGGACCCCGCAGGCUCCAGGGUGGGCGGCCCCCGGCCUGACCGCACGCAGGCGUCCGACGGAAGUGUCCAGGGGUCGGGGGCCGCCCGCGAGGACCACGCAUCCUCCCAGGCUGAGCCAGGUGCCGGCCGGGCCCCACAGGGCAGCCUCCCCAGGCCGGGCGUCUCCCCCUCGCCCUGUCUCUGGGGGCUCCCCCCCCCAUGACUCCAGGAGUCGCCUGCUCAGAGCAGGUGGGGCCAGAGGCUGCUCCCUGCCCUGGGACGGUGGCCGCGAGGACUGGCAGACGCUUCCUGUCAGAAGGUUCCAGGAGCUUCAAGGAAGAACUGGACGGUGUUUUUAAUCCGCUGUGGCAUCCCUUAUUUAUAAAGUCUUUAAUAAUCUCA